GUAUCCAGAAUGCUACCAGGAGGACUUUUAGUUCUUGGAGUAUUUAUUAUUACAACUUUAGAAAUGGGAAAUGAUUUUCAAAGUACCCUGCGUAGAUUAGUGUUUGCUAUGGAAAAAUCUAUUAAUAGAAAGAGACUGUGGAAUUUUACAGAGGAUGAUGUCGCAGAACGAGUGGCACUUCACAUUUGUUCUUCUACAAAAAAAAUAUUUUGUCGAACAUAUGAUGUCCGUGAUCCAAAGAGUUCAGCAAAACCAGCAGAUUGGAAGUAUCAAAAUGGACUGUCAGCUUCAUGGCUUUCUUUAGAGUGUACAGUUCAUAUUAAUAUUCACAUCCCGCUGUCUACUACUUCUGUCAGCUAUACUCUGGAGAAAAAUACAAAG